AAUAAUAGUUUUUAAGAAUAAUGAUAAUCGGAGUGAAGAAGAAGAGAAACGUGAACACUGCAUCAGCUUCCUCAGCUUCGAAACUGUUGGCAAUGGCGAAGAAACGAAGCUCUAAAGCUACGCUUUUACUCAUCUUCAUCUCCUUAACAGCUCUCUAUGCUUUCCUUCCUGUCUUGGCUCCUCUUCCUUCUCUCUCCUCCUCCUCUCACCACAACAAAGUUAACAGAAACUUUGAGAUUUCCCGCGAUAUGUUCUGGAAAGAUUCUCAACCCUUUCAGAUCAUUGGCGGUGACUUGCACUAUUUUCGAGUGCAUCCACAGUUUGCAGUACUGGGAAGAUAGACUCUUAAAAGCCAAGGCAUUGGGAUUGAACACAAUUCAAACUUAUGUUCCCUGGAAUUUACAUGAACCAAGCCCUGGACGCCAUGUUUUUGAGGGUUUUGCUGACAUUGAAUCUUUCCUCAAACUCUGUAACAAACUAGGUCUACUUGUCAUGCUUAGACCUGGUCCAUACAUAUGUGCAGAGUGGGAUUGGGGUGGUUUCCCUGCUUGGUUCUCUUCCAUGAGCCCAUCCCCCAAGCUAAGGUCAUCCGAUCCUACUUUUCUUCAUCUGGUUGAAAGAUGGUGGGGUAACCUGCUUCCAAAAUUGGUUCCUCUCCUAUAUCAAAAUGGAGGUCCAAUAAUAAUGGUUCAGAUUGAAAAUGAGUAUGGUUCAUAUGGAAAUGACAAAGCAUAUCUCCAACACCUUGUCGUGCUGGCUAGAAGUCAUCUCGGACCCGAUAUCAUUUUAUACACUACAGAUGGGGGGGCUAGGGAAAAUCUUGAGAAAGGAACUAUUCGUGGGGAUGCAGUCUAUUCAGCUGUUGACUUCAGUACUGGUGAUGAUCCUUGGCCUAUAUUCGAGUUACAAAAGAAGUACAAUGCCCCUGGAAAAUCACCGCCGUUGUCAGCUGAAUUUUACACUGGGUGGCUUACACAUUGGGGGGAGAAAAUUGCCAAGACUGAUGCUGAUUUUACAGCAGCUUCCCUUGAGAAAAUUCUGCAAAAAAAUGGUUCGGCAGUCUUAUAUAUGGCACAUGGAGGUACAAACUUUGGGUUUUAUAGUGGAGCAAAUACUGGUUCUGCUGAGGCUGAUUACCAGCCUGACCUAACUUCAUAUGAUUAUGAUGCGCCAAUUAGAGAAGAUGGAGAUGUUGACAACUCAAAAUAUAAUGCUAUUCGGAAGGUUAUAGCACGAUAUAGCUCAGUGCCCCUUCCAUCUGUUCCAUCUAAUAUUCAAAAGACAGCAUAUGGACCAAUUCACUUGCAGCGGAAAACUUUCUUAUUUGAUGAAUUUAAUUUUACCAGUUCCACCAAUGUCUUUGAAUCUGAACAACCAAUGUCAAUGGAGUCUGUGGGCCAGUUGUUUGGAUUCUUGUUAUAUGUCACCCAGUACAAAGCGAAUGGAGGCAUAAAAACUUUGUUUAUACCAAAGUUGCAUGACAGAGCUCAAGUAUUUAUAUCAUGCCCUUCUGACGUAACUGGUGCAAGGCCAUCUUAUGUUGGUGCCAUAGAAAGAUGGUCAAAUAACAAACUCAACCUUCCUAAUCUUAAAUGCCAUUCUAACAUCAACUUAUUGAUUCUGGUGGAAAACAUGGGUCGUGUAAAUUAUGGACCUUACAUCUUUGAUGGAAAGGGCAUUCUUUCCUCUGUUUAUCUGGACGGGGAAAUAUUACACAGGUGGAAAAUGUUCCCUAUUCCUUUGCACAAUCUCAAUGAAGUGCCAACCCACAAUGGCAUCAUGCAGGUUGCAUAUUCUGCACGUGGAAAAAGAUUGACGAGUAAGUAUGAGAAUACUUCAAGAGAGCCUGCAUUCUAUUCAGGUCAUUUCUCAAUUGACAAAUCAAGUGAGGUCAAGGAUACAUACAUAUCAUUCAACAACUGGGGCAAAGGCAUUGCAUUUGUUAAUGACUUUGAUAUAGGAAGAUAUUGGCCGUUGAGAGGACCACAGUGCAACCUCUAUGUUCCUGCUCCAGUUCUUAAGCAAGGAAAUAAUUAUCUGGUCAUCCUGGAGUUGGAAUCUCCAGACCCUGAACUUGUUGUACACAGUGUUGAUGAGCCAGACUUCACAUGCAGUUUUGGUAAUAUGAAUCUCCAUCAGCUUUAAGUUUUAAUAAUAGAAGAUUACAUGACAAAAAUGAGCUGCUUUUGCUUAGUUCAUAAAAACUAUCUUUUGGCAUAGUAAUGAUUUUAUGCUAUAUGGUAUAAAUAUGCUUUUGUUAUGACGAUAUCUCUUAAUAAUUCUCUUUUAACUUUAUUAUAUCACAUUCCCGUUAGAUUCAAAUUCGAAAGAUAACAGAAAAGAGAAAUAGAAGUUAGAAAUAGAAAAUGAGAG